AUGUCCAAUAGUACAAAUACCGAGAGUGUUUAUGAGGAAAUUUUCGAAUUUCGAUUAGUGGCGGCAAUAGAUUUUGGAACGACUUACAGUGGAUAUGCAUAUUCCUUCCAUGAUGAUCCGCUGACAUUUUUCUGUCCUCAAACAUGGUAUGCGGGGCAAGGGAAUUUAUCAUCACUGAAGACCCCCACUUGUCUUCUCUUGAAUCCGGAUCAAUCGUUUAACUCGUUUGGUUAUGCUGCAGAAAACAAGUAUGUGCAUUUAGCCUCGGAAGGAAAACACUUAGACUAUUACUUCUUUAUGAGAUUUAAAAUGGAUCUUCAUUGGAAGGAUAUGACACACGACACGGAAAUCAAUGACGUCACUGGAAAAGGUCUUCCGGCUAUAUUGGUUUUCUCUUCCUCCAUAAAGUACUUGAAGGAUCAUUUGUUUCAAACCCUUGAAGACAGAGGGCACACAGUGGAAACAAGUCAGAUAUUAUUCGUACUUACAGUUCCCGCCAUUUGGACAGAAUCCGCGAAGCAGUUUAUGAGGACAGCGGCUGUUCAGGCUGGUGUACAUACAAAUCAGUUAGUAUACAAAACAGCAACAAGAAAAUAUGCGUUUAAAAUAACUUCAUUUCUAAAUAUACAAUUUAAAAAAUGUGGUACAGCAGAUUUCAGUGUGCAUGAGGUAAAUGAAGAUGGUACCUUGACAGAGAUUCAUAUGGCAACUGGUGGGCCUUACGCCGGAACAAUCGUGGAUGAAGAGUACCUGAAACUUUAUAGUAAAAUCUUUGGAUAUAAGACCAUGCAGAAACUGAAAGCAAAUGACAUGGAGGAAUACUUAGCUAUAGCAAGAAACUUUGAAACAAAAAAACGGUUGGUUUGUGAAGAAUACAUGGAGAGUUUCAAUGUGAAGUUAGCUACAACUUUAUCUAAAAGAUUUAAAUCUAAACCUAAAAAGUUUAAGAAAAACAUUGCCGAAAUUGGGAUGAAAGAUUUCAUUUCCAUAGAUGGUGAUAAAAUUAAAUUUGCACCCUCUGCAAUAAAGAGUCUGUUUUGCACGCCAGUUGGUGGAAUUGUCAGCCAUAUUCAAAAUUUGCUUAAAGAACAUGAAGAGGUGAAGAGCAUUCUGCUUGUUGGAGGUUUCAGCGAAUCAAGGCUUCUACAGGAAGAGAUUAAAAAAGCAAUUGUCGAUAAAACUUUUGUCAUUCCAAAUGAAUGUGGGCUUGCAGUUCUAAAGGGGGCCGUCUUAUAUGGACACAGACCGUUGUCGAUAACGGCACGAAUAAUGAAAUACACAUAUGGCGUCGCAUCUGAUUCAAUUUUUAAAGAAGGAAUUCAUCCUAAUACUAGAAAAUAUAAAGAUGAAAAUGGUGAGUUUAGAUGCAAACGAUCCUUUAGCAUUUUGAUUGCCAAGGGAACAAAAGUUUCUACUACUGGGGUUGAGAUAAUUCGAACUUCAGAACCUAUUACAACGACACAAAUGUCAGUAGCGGAAAGAGUCUACUACACGGACAAGGAAAACCCAGUUGUUGUCGAUGAAAACUGUAAGCUUUUGAAAGGAUAUAAGUUGUCUCUUCCAGAAAAUAAUGGUAAGCCACGUAUUGUCAAAAGCAUUUUCACGUUUGGGCUGACUGAAAUGAAAUAUCGUUCAGAGGUAAUUGAAACUGGAAUUCAAACAGAAGGUACUCUUGAUUUAUUGUAACUAUUAGAACCCCGUCUUUGUGAUUAAAUUUCUUAACGGCAAAUUAACGACAAGAGAUCGAAGAGAACAGGGUGUUAAGAAGAAACGAACCAAUAGUAUGUUCCAGUUUUCAAAAACUUAACAUUAUAGUAAGUAGUGCCCACCAUACCAGUCAUGUUAUGCAGAGCUCGUGUAAAACAUGAUUUUAUGGUGAUAAAUAUUGAAAAAGAUCCAUAAAUGUGAAAUUAAAUCUGAAAUUUGUUUAAAAAAAGUAUACGGAAUAUUUUCAUUUUUUCUGAUACUGAGUACACAGUAGAAGUGCAUUCGUCGACUCGAGGACCAUCUAUUCGAUUUCAACUGAUCCCACCUCUUUUUGAGUGGUUCUUAUUGAUUCUAAUUUAUAACUGUACAUUUCAUUUUGUCAUUUGAUGUCAUUUCAUAAUCUACACCAUUCUUCAACAUUUUGUGGCUUUCGCCCGCGUGACACAGUGGUUAGAGCGUCUGCUCUAGAGUUGCGAAAUAAGUAGUUAAUCCUUACGUCACAGGUUCGAAUUCCACUAUGGGACGUGGAGACCGGUCCUUCGGAUGAGACUAUAUAAAUCGAGGUCCCGUUUCGAAGUAGAUGCUGUCACGGAAAACAUCCCUUACUGAUCAAUGGCCCAGAGUGUCAAUCAUAGGACAAAAUUUCCAGCUCUCCAUCGGCAAGUGGUGCCGUCACCAUAUGAGUGAAACAUUUCGAGAGGGACGUUAUCAACAUACAAACAAAACUUGCACUACGGAGCAAUUAAUAUGACCUUUUUUGCUGUAUUUAAGUCAAACGCCUAAUUCAAUUUUGAAAGGUUUUUCCUUUAAUAUUUUUAUCCAAAUGAAUUAUUGGAUCAAACACAGUCCUAUGAAAAAAGUUUCU